CCACCAGCCUCGCCGCCACCACCAGCCUCGCCACCACCACCAACCUCGCCACCACCACCAGCCUCGCCACCACCACCAACCUCGCCACCACCAGCCUCGCCACCACCACCAGCCUCGCCACCACCACCAGCCUCGCCGCCACCACCAGCCUCGCCACCACCACCAGCCUCGCCACCACCACCAGACUCGCCGACACCACCAGCCUCGCCGACACCACCAGCCUCGCCGCCACCACCAGCCUCGCCACCACCACCAGCCUCGCCACCACCACCAGCCUCGCCGCCACCACCAGCCUCGCCACCACCACCAGCCUCGCCACCACCACCAACCUCGCCACCACCACCAGCCUCGCCGCCACCACCAGCCUCGCCGCCACCACCAGCCUCGCCGCCACCACCAGCCUCGCCGCCACCACCAGCCUCGCCACCACCACCAGCCUCGCCGCCACCACCAGACUCGCCGCCACCACCAACCUCGCCGCCACCACCAGCCUCGCCGCCACCACCAGCCUCGCCGCCACCACCAGCCUCGCCGCCACCACCAGCCUCGCCGCCACCACCAGCCUCGCCGCCACCACCAGCCUCGCCACCACCACCAGCCUCGCCACCACCACCAGCCUCGCCACCACCACCAGCCUCGCCGCCCCCACCAGCCUCGCCGCCACCACCAGCCUCGCCGCCCCCACCAGCCUCGCCACCACCACCAGCCUCGCCGCCACCACCAGCCUCGCCGCCACCACCAGCCUCGCCACCACCACCAGCCUCGCCGCCACCACCAGCCUCGCCACCACCACCAGCCUCGCCGCCACCACCAGCCUCGCCGCCACCCCCAGCCUCGCCGCCACCACCAGCCUCGCCGCCACCACCAGCCUCGCCGCCACCACCAGCCUCGCCACCACCACCAGCCUCGCCGCCAACACCAGCCUCGCCGCCACCACCAGCCUCGCCGCCACCACCAGCCUCGCCGCCACCACCAGCCUCGCCACCACCACCAGCCUCGCCGCCACCACCAGCCUCGCCGCCACCACCAGCCUCGCCGCCACCACCAGCCUCGCCGCCACCACCAGCCUCGCCGCCACCACCAGCCUCGCCGCCACCACCAGCCUCGCCGCCACCACCAGCCUCGCCACCACCACCAGCCUCGCCGCCCCCACCAGCCUCGCCGCCACCACCAGCCUCGCCGCCCCCACCAGCCUCGCCGCCACCACCAGCCUCGCCGCCGCCACCACCAGCCUCGCCGCCACCACCAGCCUCGCCGCCACCACCAGCCUCGCUGCCACCACCAGCCUCGCCACCACCACCAGCCUCGCCGCCACCACCAGCCUCGCCGCCACCACCAGCCUCGCCGCCACCACCAGCCUCGCCGCCACCACCAGCCUCGCCGCCACCACCAGCCUCGCCACCACCACCAGCCUCGCCACCACCACCAGCCUCGCCACCA